AAAGAGGAAGGAAAGGAAAGGAAAAGAAAAAAGAAGGAAAAGCGUGUUUCGUUUGAAGCCUCUUAGUAAGCAUAAGUAAUCUCGUCCGUCAGUCAAGGAGUAAAAGACUUCUGAACAAGGCCGUUUAUUAGACCGGUUAGACGUUGGAAUUUGGAAUAACUAUGAUUAGUAAAAUAAAGAGAGAAGAGUAAGGUGAAGACUGAAGUAGAGUGGAGACUUUCGAGAUUUGUGUGUUUGAUGUGCAUCCCUCUGGUGGCGAGUAUUGGAGGGCCGUCAUAACAUUAAUACAUACGUGACCGCACCCGUUUUAUGUGGUUAUGUGUGGUGAUUCAUAGAUAUCGUAUGUAAAAUUUAUUGAAUUCCUCAGGUAAAAAAUAUAAUACAAAAUGACAGAAGUUCAUAACUUAGGUGUUGACGCUAUCAGCUGUCAUGCUUGGAAUAAAGACAAAAAAGAAGUGGCCAUUUGUCCAAAUAACAAUGAGAUCCAAGUUUACAAACGCACGUCGAGUGGUUGGAAAUUGUUACAGAAUCUACAGGAACAUGAUAUGCAUGUUAUGGGUAUUGAUUGGGCACCAAAUACCAAUCGAAUAGUAACAUGCUCCGCAGAUAAGAAUGCAUACGUUUGGACACAGGAAGGGGAUGGAAAGUGGAAUCCUGCAUGGGUACUUUUAAGAAUAAAUCGUGCAGCAACAUGUGUAAAGUGGUCACCAUUAGAAAAUAAAUUUGCUGUUGGAUCUGGAGGUAGAGUAAUAGCUGUUUGUUAUUUUGUUUCUGAAAACAAUUGGUGGCAGUGUAAGCAUAUAAAACGCCCAUUAAGGUCUACUGUAACUACAGUCGAUUGGCACCCAGAUAAUAAAGUUUUGGUUGCUGGAUCCACUGAUUAUAAAGUUCGUGUAUUUAGUGCAUUUAUUAGUGACAUGGAAGAUGCACCUGGUAAUGGUCCAUGGGGUCACAGUAAUACUUUAGGAACAUUACUUGCCGAAUUCCAGAAUACUCCCAAUGGAGGAGGUUGGAUACACUCUGUUGCAUUUAGUCCUUGUGGCAAUAAAAUUUGUUGGGUAGCACACAAUUCAUCAAUUUGCAUUGCAGAUGCUACUAAAGGAAAUGCUGUUAUACGAUUGUAUACAGAGCAUUUGCCAUUUUUAUGUUGUGUUUGGAUGGGGUCCAAUUCCAUUAUCGCUGUGGGUCAUAGUUGUAUGCCUAUGCUGUAUUCUAUAGACGAUAAUGGUCAACUAUAUUUUGUAUCAAAAUUAGACAAUACACAGAAAAAGGAGGCUGCUGGUUUGUCCGCUAUGCGUAAAUUUCAAUCGUUAGAUCGCCAAGCGAGAACCGACACGAACGAUAAUGCCUUAGACAGUAUACAUCAAAAUACUAUCAACUGUGUGCGCAAAGUAUCAGAUAAUGAAUUUAGUACGAGCGGUUUAGAUGGUCAAUUGGUAGUUUGGGAUCUCAAGCUUCUGGAGAAUUCUAUUGCUGGUCUCAAGAUAGCAUAAGUAAAAUCUUUUUUUAUAUCAAAGAAAGACGGAAGAUGUUACAUCAAUUGAAAAGAUGUAUAAAUGUUAAAUCUGAAACGAAACGAAAGAAAAUAUACAAUUUCUCAUUAAUA